GAGCUUACAUGUUUGGUUGGCAUCUUGUGACUCAACUUUUCGAGGAAAAACAGGAAAAAAAGAGGAGAGCAUAAACUUUCUGUUCCGAUAAAGACGUAAACAUGGCUGAGAGUGUACCGAUGUGAAAGUGUUAUGAAUGUUGUGAUGAUCCAAAUUUAAGUCUCUUUUCUUCUUGCUCAGUGUUUCAUUAUCAUUAGUUUCGUGCUUUCAUCAGUCUAUUUGGAGCUACAAGUCUAUCAAUUUACGAAUGUGUUCUACAAGUUUUGAAAAUGUCUACCAGGUCGCAAUUAACCAAAGAUUUGAAUGAAAGCGUCAAAUCUUUGCUGGGGAAACGAGUGAAAAUAUUAUUGAAGAAUGUUGUUAAACUUGAAACAAAAGGAGACAAGACUGAAAACAGGGUUCUGGUGUUCUCACCAUGCCGCCUCUUCCUGCUCACGGCCAAAGUGCCGACCAGAAUUGAUUCGCAUUUUCACUAUUUGGAAAUUCAGGCGGUUGAAAGUAAAAAGCCAAACCAUUUCUGCUUGACUGUAAAUGACAAAAUAUAUUCAUUCCUAACAACUGAGGAGAACAGUAGUGGUGAAGUAGAUGCCAUGAUUCAAGCUCUUGCCACUGCCAUUCGAAAUAUUUUUCCUACAGUGCCGUUAACACAUGUAAUUAGAAAAGUAGAAGUUGUGCCUCCGAAAAGAAUCCAAUUUGUAAGAGAUGCAGAGCUAGCGAUGCGGCAUGGCUCAGAAGUCAGAGGGUUGGGCCCUUGCGGAGGGUUCUCUACUCAAUAUGCUUGUAUGUGUGAUUUCCAUACUCUGCCUUACAGAGAGGAAGUAGCUUGGGAUGUGGAUACUAUUUACCUCUCCCACGACACAAGGGAACUCUGCUUACAAGACUUUGAUCAUUUAGACCCAAAAGAUUUGGUGCCAAUAAUUAGUGCUUUAGAGUAUAAUACUUGGUUUACAAAAUUAAGAGCCAGUAACAUCAAACUCUCUCACGAAGCCUUAGACAGAAUAUUACAUGUUAUGAAAAGGACGCUUAGUAUAGAAGAAUUGUAUUUAGAUAAUUUAGGUUUAAAAUCGGACUUCUCACACAAACUAUCUCUCUCCCUAAUAGCAAAUCCAAAUCUGGCAUUGCACACUUUAGAUCUCUCAAAUAAUUUAAUUGAAGAUAAAGGUGCAUCUACCUUAUGUGGAUUUAUUGCUAAGGUUACACAAGCUGCAAAUCACUUAGCCAGCCCUUUGGCUAAAAUUCCUAAAGGAUUAAUUAACCUGAGUCUUUCCCGCUGCGGACUAUCUUCCAAAGGAAUCAAUCAACUAGCGCAUGCUUUAUCCCUGAAUAAGUGCAUGCCAACAACUUUAACUCAUCUCAAUAUCAGUGAUAAUUACUUCAAGGAUGAUGUUACCAACCUAUGCAGCUUUUUGGCACAACCAAACACAAUCACACACUUAGAUAUAUCCCGUACAGAUUGCCCUCUAGAAACGGUUUUUGGAGCUCUUUUAAGGGGUUGCUCAACUAACCUUGCAUUUUUAAAUGUAUCACAUAAUGUAUUCAGUACAAAGAAGAGCAAAGAAUUGCCACCCUCCUUCAAGCAAUUUUUCAUCUCAACUCUCAGUCUUAAACACAUCAACAUGUCCUAUUGUAAAUUACCUUUAGAUGCUCUCAAGAAUUUGCUGUUGGGAUUGGCAUGCAAUGAGUCAACUACAGACAUAAUUUUAGAUAUUAGUUGCAAUAAUCUGGGUUCACAAGGAGCCCAUGUUCUAGAAUCAUGCAUCCAUGGAGUGCGAUCUAUCGGUGCGCUAGAUAUAAGUGAUAAUAAUAUGGACGUCGAACUAGCCGCUGUGAUAACUGCUGUCAGCAAAAACAAAUCAAUAAAGCACUUUCAUCUUGGUCGGAACAUGAAUAAUAUGAAAGCCAAACACAUUGUCUGCGUCAUGGAUGCUCUUGUAACAAUGAUCCAAGAAGAAAGCUGUGUUUUACAAACUCUUUCCAUUCCAGACUCGAAAUUAAAAUCUGACCUGUACACACUAAUCAAUGCUCUUGGUAGUAAUCAAUGUUUACAAUCGAUUGACAUCAGUGGGAAUUACAUGGGUGAUGCAGGAGCCAGACUUUUAGGAAAAGCUUUGCAGAUAAACUCCCACAUUAGAAGUAUUCUGUACGAUAGGAACAAUAUUACUCUUCAAGGUUACCAUGACUUAGCAUAUGCGCUCGAAAGCAAUUACACAGUUCGCUACAUGCCUCUUCCCCUCUUUGAUGUAAUGCCCUGUAUGAAGUUGUCAGCGGAAAAAACGGAUGCUAUCAUGAAGAAAAUCCAAGAUGUUUUACAUAGGAACGUCUCGCCAAAAAAAUAUAGCAACGGUCAAGCUUUCAGAUUACAGCAAGGAUUUUUGUUAAGUUCAACGCAGCAAAUGGUCGAUCGUCUGGUUGUUCAAAUGCAAGAUACAAUCAAAACUUUAGUACAGGAAACCACCGACAAAAAUGAUGAAAUUAAUUACGCCACAGGACUGAUUGAAGAUGCUGAUAAUUCAAAACAAUUGCUUCCUCGGUUGCAUGAAGUGGUUUUGAGGAAGGAAGAAGCAGGACAUCCUAUCGAUUUGAAAAUGAAACUAAUUUCCGAUGAGCUGCAUGCUGUUAUCGUCAAUUACCUUCAUGAAACUGUUGAAAGCAUGAUGAGGUGUGCACAAGAACAGUGCCCAACCAUUCUUGGUGAUGAAAAAGUUCAAAAUGAAAUAAGAAAAACUUGCCGGGAUAAGAGCGGCAUCGACCCUGAGUAUUUGCGAUCCAUUAUUCUGGAACAAUCAGGAACUCAUAUAAUCAACCGGGUCAAUGAGCUCAGCUCAACUGUGGCUGCCCAUGUGUCUGAUCGUGUCACAGAUGAAGUUAUCGAUUCUCUGUCAAAAUGCCUCAAAUCUUUGUUGGGCGAAAACUGCAGGAAACGGUCAUCUACGCCUGAUGUUCUAAGAACAAUGUUCCGUGUCAAUUCUGAUUCUUCCCGUGUCGAUAGCUUUACUGUCUCUGAUAGCAGUCAACUGUCAGACCCAUCUCCAGUGAAAUUGGAAUAUUUAAAUUUGGCAACUCCUCACUUAUCCUCCAAGCGGAAAAGUCUUCAUGGACGGAAACUCAGGCCUAAAUCUGUAGUUGACAGUGUAGAAGGAAUGUCAGCUGAUGAUAUUCCGGAUCUGCUCCCUUCUUUACCUACCUCAGCUGAAGAAUCUUUGGAUUCUGUGUCCGAAUUACCGACAGGUGUCGGACAGCAGUUACAGCAUUUAGUCAAAGGACGCCCAAAGAGAGCCAAAACGCGGGCACCAACAAGACCAACUAUCAAACCACAGGAAGGACUGGAAGAAGGCUUGGAUACAUUUUUUAGACCAGGAUCCAUAACCCCAACCACUCCUCUUGUCUCACCGUCAUCAGAUGAUAGUGCUGCCAGUUCAUUUGCUGCAGAUUUGAGUCCUAAUAACCCUGUUCAUAAAGAAAAAUCUAGUUCAACGAAAUCCAGCAAAAGUUCUCCUCUUCUAUCAAGUGUUCAAGAAACCCCUAGAUCUCGAUCAAGUGACAAUCUAGAAAAGUAUUCUCCUGUAGGAUUUUGCCGUGUUGGAGACGUAACCACAUCCAACUGCUCAGCAUUUUCAAAAAGUUUAGGUGAGAAAGAUGAAGAUACAAACCGUAGUGACUCCAUCAUUGGUAGAAUAUCUAAUAGUGCUUUCAUUAAACCUAACAAAAGUGAUAAUGAAAAGCCAGAUUCGCCUGGUUUGUCUUUAGUCAAGUUGCGAUCAACAGGACUUUCAGGAAACAACGGAUUUUUCACUCCUAAAUCUCCUAUUUUGAAAUCUCUGAACGCAUCUAAUGAUAGAAAUGAUAACUCAUGCUCCAAAUUAAAAUCAUUGCCUCCUCUAGCGCCAAAACCCCGACCAAAGUCCAUGGCUGAUCCAGAGAGGAAAUCAGGAGAAUUAAGUGCGUAUCUGAAUGAAGGACCAAGUCCAGGGUCUGAGACGCCUGAUACACCAUGUGUUUUGACAGGUGAAAAGAAAUCUGUCAAGGAACUUGCAGCGAAUUUGUGCAAGCAAGGAAGCGACUCUCCAGAUGGCAAAAGGAAACUUGACUUAGGUUCUCACCGGUUAUCUGGUAGCAGACUCGAUGCUCAAAUUCUUUUUGGUGAUAAAAACCAGGUUCUUCCCAAGACACCGAGUAAAAUAAGGAAAAAAUUUGCUGAGGACGGGCCACUGGAUGUGAAUAUUGAAGAUUCAGUUGACGUUUAAAAUCAAAAAGUGCAAAUUGUUCGUGAAGUUUCUUCCUAGUCGUAUGUUACGUACAGUUGUGUUUUCGAAAUUUAGUUGAAGUUUUGUAAAUAAUUUGUCUUGACCUUCCCUCCUGAUUUUAUAUUGCAAGAUCAUGUUUCAAAAAAGUUGUUCGAGAUAUGUUUUACCCCUCAUUUUGACUAGCAUUUUUUGUCUCAUUCUAAGUUAUUUUUAGAAUAGUUUGCUUAUUGCAUCCACCAGUUGAUCAUGAACAAAGGUCGUGUUCUAAUGUUUAAAUGUUAGGACUUACUUAACUAUGUCCUUUAAUUAAUUUUAAGAAUGGAUACAAAUUUCCCAGAAUGAUUCCCGAGUGAGAUUAUCCUCAUUCUAAGUCUCCUAAUACAAGACUCCAAGUCAGAAUCAUAGUUCGCCUUAUCUUGGAUUUGUCUUUACUUUUUCUAACCUUAAUUUACCCCAAAUUGUUAUCAAAUCUCAAAAAAUUCUGUAUGCAGUUGCUUGUCAAGUUUUUACAAUAAUAUAUGCCAAUUAAUUUUUCACAAUCAUAUUCAACUUUCUAUGCAGUGUUUUUUUUUUUUAUUUAUUUAUUUAUUUACAAUGCAUAUUAUUUCUUUGGAGUUAUUUGGAAACUGUAUUCACUCCCAUUUUACACGCUCAUAUCAAUUGCAUGGUGUUUUUUCCUUAUCUUGUUUUUCAGUAAACAAUCAAGACAUUCCAUCCGUUAUAUUAUUUUUCUCACUUGUUUUCAUGGAUACUUAUCUUUUAAGCCCCUUCUGUCAAUUACUGUACAUUUAAAAUUUGUUAAUUCAUUAACUCAGCUAUGUGAAGCUUUUGACUUCUUUUCAUGGUAAUGGGCGACUAGACAUGGUCCCAAUUAGAAAAAGAAGUUUUUAGAAAACGACUCACGUAACAGAAACUUUGAAAAGCGACUCCUAGACGAGGUAUUGACGAAUAUUCUUAGUUGCUGCUGAGUUAUUGGUUGCCUUUGCAAAAGCAGGUCAAAAAAGAGAUGAGAGGAGUAGCAGCAACAAUUGGUAGUGUCAAGAGCCUUUUACUAAUCCUAGUCGUUUGAACUUUCAUCUGAUAUUUCCUUUAUCUUCAAAUAAUAAAAUUAUUAAAAGUAUUAAAAGGUAUAAAGGCAUGUAUUUUAUACUUAAAACAAUUCUCAGUCAGAUCUCCUUGUACCCAUCCAAUUCGCCGACCUCAUUUUCUUUGGUAUUAGUAGUGUUGCUGUUUUCAUAAUUUUCAUCAAGCUAAUAAUUUCUGUAUCUGCUCUUCCUCCCAUCCAUUCCUUUCCUCAUACUUAUUAUUAAUUGAUGUGAUACUUUCAGUUUUUUAAUGACUUGCUAAAACCCAUGAAAAAUGAAAUAAAUUCAACUUCGUUUUAACAUUCCUGCUUUCAUUUAGGAAGUCACAUUAAUGUUAAGUAAGGAGUUUAAUGUCCACUCCUUUUUUUCUUCUUUUUUUUAAUUAUUUGGAUAUCCCUCGCCUUUGGUUUUUUACAAUGUUCUAAUGGUGCCAAUUUUUAGAAUUGUCUGCUCUGAAUUUGAUCCGUAUCUCAAAACACAGAACUGGCCUGUAGACUCAGAUGUAUACUGAGAGGGCAUCAAUGACAGAUGUCUGUCCAAUAUAUUUGUUUCCCUCAUAGUCCCACCAUUCCUAAAUGUCAGUGUGAAACAUUUUGCCAAUCGAACAAGUUUUUGUUAAUACCCUUUUUUUGGAAAUAACUAGGUACUUUUUGAUAAUGAUGCUCAUUUUUUGUUAUUUGUAUUUGUGCCAAUUGUCCAAAUUAUUUGCUCUGAAUUUUGUUCCAAUCUCAAAUGUGUAACUAAUAGAUGUACACAUGUGGACCAUAUUACGCACUAAGGAACCAACUUUCAUGGUUCAUUUCAGAAACAUCAUAUGUACCAUUGGUUUUCGAUGCAGAUAGAUGCUUCUGUAGAUGGUUUAGAAAUAGUAUUUCCUUCUUCGGUUAUGCAGUUCAUCUGUAACACAUAUUUGGUCGAUAAAUUAAUUUUUCCCACAAUCACAGCCUUCUUGGGCGUCAAUAUAGAGGUCUAUUAUAUAUUAAUUUUUUGUCAAUAACAUUGUAACCAUGUUCAAAGAAGUCAUCUUUUCUCGUAUUAAAGGUGCCUUUACCUAUUUUCCCUAGGUACUAAUAUUGUAAAAAAAUAAAGAAAUGUAUCUAAGAUGCCAAACCUUUUUUCUUCCUUUUUUUGUAUUUAAGAUAAUCAAAACAUUCCCGAGUCAAUAUCCAAAUAGUUCCUCUCAUCUAAAUAGAACUGGCCUUGCUCAUAACGAAUUGGAAACAGUAUUAGUAAUUAUCAGACCAUUUCAAAAUUCUAGUCAAAAUUUUGUCUUUUCAUCUGCUUAUGUAAGGGUUUUUCUUCUCCCUAAUUUUUUUUUAACUGCAUCAUGUUUGAAAAAUGGUAAUGGGCCGUUCAUAAAAUACAUACUGCUAAAUUUCAGAUUUUUCGACUCCCCUUCCCCUCCUCCUUCCUCAUUGCGCUUUUGUAACGUAGGUCUCUAUCCUUUAACAUGAAAAAGCAAAACAGUGUAUCACUCUCCUCGACCCCCUCCACCUUUAGAGUGAUAUGUAUUUUAUGAACGGCCCCUGUGCUUGGUUGUAUGUAAAUUGUGAAUUCUGAAAAAGUUCAUUUUCAUAUUGUUUUGUGAAGGUAGAAGACUCGAAAACUGUAGAUAGAUUUAUUUAUUUUUCAUUUAUUUUUAUUUUUUAAAAUGCAUUGUUUUUUAUUAUUACUCCAAUUUUGGAAGAUGAUAAGCUUGAUGUGAAUUAAUGCAUUGCAUUUGCUUUUUGAUUGAGGUGUAGCAGUUCAUAUUUUAAUGAACGACCAGACUUUAUUGUUGGUUUCAUGUCAAUAUUGUGUAUUAAUGAUUAAAGAAUAUCUUCUGUACUUUUUUCCGUCACAAUAGCUUUUUCCUAUUGUGCUCAGCAACACCUAACCACCACAACCUCCUAUCCACACGAAGUCCUUCAAGGAGUUGACACUCCUUCAUUUCGUGUAAAACCCCCUAUUUCCAACCUCUCUCUGGGCAUCCUUUUCGUCUACUCUCAGGAGGAACCCAUUCAAGCAUUUUUUGAGGUUUUCCUGCAUGACCAUUUCUUCUGUGCUAUGUGAAAGCCUUUUUUCCAUUAAAUUUUGAUAUUAUUGUAUCUUAUUUCCUUUUAUUUCGAGCUUAAUUUGUUCUUCAAUUCGGUAGUAAAGAAUUUUCUGUAGAAAGUACAAAGCAAAGAUAAAAACUGUUUUUAACAUUGUUUUGUAUUAAAGAAUUUCAUGUGCCAGAGCUGAAAUCAAAGUAUGGCUUUUUUUUUUUAUCUUGCUUUGUGAUAAAGUGAUAGUUUUAACAGUCUAGUAUAACCGGUUGCCAUUGUAAAUCAAAAAAAAAAGAAAAAGAAAGAAAGAAAAUAAGCAAAUGAGAUACAAGGUUCAUAUGUCACAAUGUUUCCCCUCUGAAAGCAUUAUAAAGUGCCAAAUUAUUUGCCUGCUACAACCACUCUCACCCCAGUUAAAAUUUAAACUUUUUGAAGUUGUCCUCUUUUUUUUAUGAGAAAGAACUAGCAGAAAAGAUGGGAAAUAAAGCACUUUGUCAUAUUUUCUUGGAAUCUUCUUUACAGAGCAAUUUUCCUAAGAUUAAGUUUUGAAAUCAUCUCCCAAUGAGAUAUGACUGGGUUCACAAAGUAAAUUGGCUUGUCUAAAAACCGUCUAUUGUCCAUUGUAAUGUUUCAGACUUGCAGUAGUUUUUUUUUUGUCCUACAAAAUUUAUUGCUCAUCAAAUAUUAUGCAUAAAUUAAACUUUUAAGUAUAUUUAAAGGACUUUAUGUAAAAUUAUUACAUUUCCUCUUAGAUCAACUUUAGUUUGUAAAUUUCAGUAAAAUCAUAUCAUGCAAAUUCAGAAGCACUGUACUAGACAUUGGACUAUUUUGCACAAGCCGGUUCAAAUAAAAGAUGUAUAAUACCAUUUGUGUAUUUCUCAAUAAGAAAUAUUAAUUUAAACACUUGAAAUCAAUUGCAGUCAAUUCUCAUUGCCUUUCAUUCAAGUCCUAAUUGUUAGCAGACAAUUUGUUUGCGGCAUGAAAUUUUGGAGAAGGGACAUUUAGCAUGGUGCUUUGCUUCAAACCUUAUCAACUGAAACUUUGAAAAGUUUCAAUUCAAACUAUCUUGUACAAUUGGAAAAUAAAUUCAUUUUUUGUUUUUCUCUCGCGCACCUACCGAAUACAGUGUCUGAUAAAAGAUGUAAAUAAUAUGAAAAAUAAUUGGAAGAUAAUAAAAUUCCUCCUCAUCAUUUAUUGAUGCACAAUUGGUUUUUGUGAUAGCUUUUAUAAAUGUGUAUUUUUAACUAACUUUUUUAGUCAUGUUCAAUCGACUUAUUAUUAAGUGCAGCUUUUAAACUGUUUGUUUGGAAUCGUUGAAUGUAAAUUUUCUAAUAUCCUUAACGUUGACUGCCAUGACAUCAAUGAAUGCUGCUGUAAAGUUUCCUUGCUUUUUAACUUUUUUUUUCUUCUUUCUUUUUUUUAAAUAUAUAUAGCUCAAUUUUGUUGUUAAAAAUUAUUUUGUUAUUAAUUUUCUUCUCCCUCUCUACGCUGCUUGCUUGUCAAUGUAUUAGUACAGCACUUAAAUAUUAAUAAAGAUAUGAAGAAGUGUAAUUUAAUAAUGUUUAAGUGCUGAUUUAUUAAUCCAGCACUCAACUGCAAGGAUACAAAUCCUGGCUUUUAACAGGCACCAAAUUCCGACACAAUCACUCAUCUAACACAUGUAUAAUUUUUUGUUCGAUUGAUUGAUUUAUUUAUUUUUUUUUACCUGUACUAGCGCUUAUCUCUAUCCCAUCUGUGACUAAUAACUGAUUUCUUACCAUCAUUUUCUGGCAUUGUACUCUUAUAAAUUAUUUAUUGCAUUAAUAUUCCUUCCAUCUUUUUAUCCAGAUGUAUGUCCUGUAGUCUCAUUAGGUAGAUAUCCAUUUUCUACCUUGGCAACACUUAAAUUUAACAUAAGCUGUAAUUAUUAAUUCCUGGCUUAUUAAAACCAUUUUAAUAUUAUCUAA